GACAUUUUGGAACUUCCUUCCUCAACUGCUUCCUCAAGUGCACAAUGGACCAGAAAAAGAAGCCACGCGGGCUCAAGAGGUCGCUCGCCAAGGAUAAGCCCGUGGCUCCGAACAGCGAGGGAGGUGAAGUCGCCGUUGCCGCAAAGAAAGCCAAGCUCGACAAGCCAGACCUUGAGGAACCCAGCCGGACGGUAGCGCUCAAUGUGGACGAGGAGGACCAAGUUGCGGUGUUGAGGUCGUUGUACGAUACAGCUGUGGAGAAGCUUGACGCAGACGAUAUCGAAGCUGCCAGAGAUUUCUUCCGAGGCUGCAUCCACGAAUGUGAUAAGAUCCUCCAGAUCCACAAUGGCGUGAUCCCGAAGGCAGAAGUGGAAAACGCUGAGGCCUCUAACCAGAUGGCGACACCCACUGAACCAUUAGCGCCAGAGUUCCACCUGUUGUAUGGCAGCGCUCUAUAUCAGCUCGGUCUGUUGAGUGCUUCAGAUGAUGAGGCGGAAAGCGGAAGCAAAGAAUCGGACUCUCUGGAGUCUUUUCUGGAUACCGCGCUCGAACGGUUGACCACGGGAUUGGACGCAGUUGAAGAGGGGAAGGUCGGAGAAAACGGUCCGGAUGUCUUCCGCCGGUUACUGGUGGCCAAAGCGAAAGCCCAGCUGCAUAGGGCGGCUUUAUGGCUCCCUGAAAACGCCCAGACGGCCUCUCAGAAAAGCGAGGAUGCGUGGAAGCUACUGAAUGAUGCCUACUCUUUCAUUGCGGAGCCAAACGCAUCAAUCGACGGGGCUGCGGAUGACACCGCCAAGGCAAUGCUGGACGUUGCGCAAAUAUUCCUUCGCCAUGCAGAGUUGUACACUUCCGAUCAGGGUGGUUGUAAGUUAUGGGCGCAGCGAGCCGUUGUGCUGUUUGAAGCAAUUAUCUCCGCCGACCCGCCGCACUUUGAUGCACACGUUGGUGUUGGAGCGUCCUUACUGGCUGAGGCCAAUAGUCUGCUUGAGGAAGAUGAAGAGAACUGCGACGAUGCAGUCCCGCUUUUGGACAAAUCUUUGAAGGCACUGGAAACCGGGGAAAAGCUUGCGAAAACAGAUACUGGGGACGAUGAUGAGAAGAUCGUCACUCUCCUAUGCUUGAUGGGCGAGUGCCUAAUCAACAAAGGAAACCUCACCGACGAAGACGGCAGCGAAGACGACGAAUACUACACCCGCGCCAUUGCCUGUUUCCGGCGCGUGAUGAAGAUAGAGGAUGCGUUGAACGCAUCGGAAGCGGGUGCCGUGGAUGACCGCCCCAAAGAGGUCGCAAGUUACCGACUUCUUCCGCCGCAGUUUGCCGAGUUUGUGGAUGAGUGGGAGAAAGAUAUGCUGGGGGGCGAUGAGGAGAAGGACGCCUAGUUGCGGUA